AUGGCUGCAACCUGGUUGGACCGAAUAUUUGCACAUUUUCGCUACGUAGAACACAUGCAACGAGCCCAAAUAAAUGUAGCUCACAUGGAUCGCUCAUUGAUGCUGGCAAACAUUGAUCGGGUCACCAACUGGUCUUCAUUUCAGAUGUUCAUAAUGCUAGCCGUAUCCUUGCUUCAGAUAUUUGUGAUUCGCAGUCUUUUCGAUCAGCGCAGCCUGCUAUAUCGACUAUGGUUAGGCAAAGGUAUCCGUGUUUCCACUGCCCCUUUGACCAACGCCCGUUGCUAG